GGUAAAGGAAGGGGUAACAGGAAGACAAACAAACAGGUUGCAAUCAGAUUCAUAAAUGAUGCUAAUUAAUAGUAACAUUAAGUUGUGCAAAUGAACUAGAUAACAAGAAAAUUGAAAGUAACGUCCCUUUCUUCGGAAGGACAUGUACGAACUAUAUUGCUUUCCUAAACUUAAAGAGGAAUAAACUCAUUUGAGUUGAUUUGAACAGUCCUUGCAAAAAGUUUGAAGAAGAACAGGUACAUCCGAGAUUGCAUCAAGAAAGAGAGUUCAUUGCUUGGCAGUAGGAAUGGAAUAAAGUAUAGUCUGCAGCUUUGAAAGCAUAAAGAUAUCUUGAAAACGAUGGAUUGUUUCUUAGAAGACAUUUCUUGGAAGUAUCUUCGUAUGUAUCCUCUAAAAGACAUAAUGUGGAAGGUGAAAGGUCAGAUGCUGUUGAGAAAAAUCAAAGAAGGGUUCUAUUCUAUAAAGGAAAUUAAUUGAUCACUAGCUUUUAUGGCUGGCUUCCUAUACUGGAUUGCAAGAAGUCUCAGGCUCAGAUGUUAAGGACACUCUGAUCAACCUUGAAUACGAUGAAUCUGUCAACUUCCAAGAGAAUUUCCUGUGCAACACUGUACAGCAUCCAGUUGCAAAAAGAUUUCCACCUACUACGAGUUAUGCUCGGAUGUUUCUCAAAAGUUUCAUUGAGCAGAUUGAAGGAAGUAACCAAGAAGUAUGUGAAGAUGUGUAUUUAGUCUACACAGAUCUCAUUUCCCAGUGUGCAUCAUUAUCAACAGAUCUUUGUUAUAGAACUUACAGACUGCAGCCAGACUGCAUUCUGACAAUUAAAGAAACACGUAAACUAAUUACAGAUGGGACUACUGGUUUGUAUACUUGGGAGGCUGGUCACGUGUUAGCAGAAUGGUGCUCAGAGAAUAAACCUAUGUUUCGUAAUAAAAAAGUCCUGGAGCUGGGUUCAGGUUUAGGCCUAAUGGGUUUGGCUGUUAUAAAGGUUUGUGAACCAGCCUCAUAUAUAUUCACGGAUCUGCCAGCAACUGUUUUGACAACCUUGGCAGAAAAUGUAAAAAUUAAUCUUGAAAAUGAUUCAAGCUAUGAAUUUUCUUCCGACUGUGAUUGGACAAAUGGCAUGGAAACGUCAUACAACCACACAAAAGUGAAUGUUAGAAGACUAGACUGGGAACAGGACUCAUGUGAUAUUACAACUGAUAUAAUUUUGGCUGCAGAUGUAGUGUAUGACCCUGCCAUUGUAAAGUGCCUUGUUGGCACGUUAAAGACUGCUCUGAAUAACAACCCAAGUGCUGUAGCUGUUGUCGCGUGCACAUUACGGAAUUCUGACACAUUGGGAUUCUUUAGGGACGUGUUAGCUGGAGAGAAGGUGAAGAUAUCAUGGGAAACACAGCGACUAUACCAAGAGUCUCCAUCGCGGCCACAAUCCACAGUUAGUCUUCUUCAGUUAUCUUUAUAAAUAAGUUCAAUUACAUGACCAAAGUUUGUCCAGGUUUCUUAUGUGCACAUAAAAGGAAAGGAAAAUUAAAAUGUUAAUUUGUA